AUGGCACAACCCGACCUUACAUCGCAUCACGUCAACUACCUAAUAUGGAGGUACCUUCAAGAGUCAGGCCAUGGUGAAGCUGCUGUAUCACUGCAGCGUGCGUGGUAUCCAGACCCACAAAGUCUACCCUUUGCGCGCCACAUCAAAACCCAUGCGCUGGUCUCGCUUGUGCAAAAAGGUUUGCAGUAUCAUGAGCUGGAAUCCUCGAUUGACAAGGAGGGUAAUCCCAUUACUUUUACACCAGACGACAAUUUCUUCGGCCCAGAACCCUUUGAAGCGACUGCCUUGAAAAGCCGGGAGACCGUCACCGAGGCCCCCGCGCCAGAACCCGCACCUGAGCGCAUCACCAAUGGCCAUGCGCCUGAGACUCCCGGAGAGAAUCAAAAUAAUGAAACCAAUGGCGAUUCUAUGGAAGUCGACGCCGAGACUGAGAGCAAGCCAGGUUCACCUAUCCCGGAGCCGGUGGAUGGGGACGGGGAUGUGAGCAUGGGGGCCGAUGAGGUGCCUCAGGAACCCACUCUCAGCACGGGCACCAGCAUUGGCGUCCAGAUCUCCCCCGCCAAGGCUGCUGAUUUGACACCCGACACCGCCUGCCUAGACCUUGAUGAUCACGUGGUCAAUGCUAUUUGGCGACCAGCAGACCCAACUAUACUAGUAACUCGAGGAGAGUCUCGAUGUAGCUUAUGGCAAUUAUCGUCGACAUCAGAACCCGUUCAGAAGAAACUUCACGACUUUAAAACAGGUGGUUAUGUAUCCGCGGUUGCCUGGGAUGGAAUCGGAAACAAAUUGGCCGUGGCAUCGAUUCGGGACACAAAGGGUGCAAUCACCAUGUACAACUCCGAGGGCAAUGUGGUCGACCUUCUUCCGGAUCUUCCUCGAAUAAUCAGUGGCUUACAUUGGGCCGAACAUAGUCCUCAACUGGUGAUUGUGGCCUCCGACGAACGAACCUCUGAGCUGGCACUCUGGGAUGGCGCCCAACAACCAGACAUGUACCCACCACCCCAGGUCGUAGACGGUCACAUCUAUGAUCUGGUCUGGGUCGGUCGAAAUGACGUCUUUGCUUGUGGUGACGGGGUGGUUUACCACUGUGAAGUGAACCAAAAUAUUCGACUGGUUAAACAGUUCAAGUCCCAGGACAGCGAAAUUGCGUGGACGUUCCUUCGCUGUACUCAGGCUUCGAGUGGUCCAGUGGCUGUUGUGGCCGGUUCUACAAAUCUAUCGAUCUGGAUCCCAACCCACGAUAUUCUAAUCGAGAAUGCGCACCGGGAGGCCAUCACAGGUAUCGAUAUUCGUCCUCAGUCGCCUGCCCAGCGACGGAGCUCCUCGAUCACAGGGAAAACCGUGAUUACGAUUGCUUCAUAUUCGAUUGAUGGUGCCGUCAACGUGUGGAAUGUCGAUCUGGACCUGAAGGAGUACAAACGAGUCCAUCAUCUCCGUGUAGGUUCUAACACGCCCGCUCUUGCGGGUGGGUUUUCACCGGAUGGAUAUGCCCUUGGCGCAGUCAGCAAAGAUCGUCUCUUCAUUUGGAAUGCUGAGCGCGGCAGUGAACCCAUGUCUGUAUGGGCUGCUCCAGGCUCGGGCGAGGUAAAAGAGGAAGCCGAUUCUGCAACAAACGGACAGAAUGGCCAUAGCAACUCAAUUGAUGCCGCGCUUUCAUGGGAUCCUGAUGGUAAAAAACUCGCAUUUGGCUUCGGAAAUAAGAUGUCUAUUGUGAAUUUGCAACGGUGA